AUGAGCAACGCAAAUAGUGCGGGAAGUAGUGGACGAGGCGGUACAGGCAAGACUUCCGCUUCGGGUGCGACAGGAGCAGUGGCAGCGACGGCUAUGCUCAAUAGUGCGGCAAGUGGCCAGAAUUUUCGCGUUCCUAAGUGCGCUCGAUGUCGAAACCAUGGGGUUAUUUCCGGGCUCCGGGGACACAAGAAACAGUGCACUUACCGGAACUGUCGAUGUGCCAAGUGCGAGCUGAUACUUUCACGACAGAAGAUAAUGGCCGCACAGGUUGCCCUGAAAAGACAACAAGCGGUCGAAGAUGCGAUAGCGCUACGGUUGGCCUCCACCGAAACAGGCACACCGCUGGAGGCACUUCCGCCGGGCAAAAUAUACGGAAUGACCGUCACGGAACCCUGUCCAUCCCCGUCCCCCUCGUCGUCCACGGCUUCGGUGGAUAUCAUUUCGUCGACAUCGUCGGACGCUCCGACGGGAGGAGGAUUUGAGGCAAGCGAAGAUUUGAGACUAGGGCGUCCGAAAGCAGAAACGGCAAAUGUGACCGUGUCGCAAAACGCGCUGGACAUGCUGGCUCAGCUGUUUCCCCAUCGAAAACGGUCCGUACUGGAGCUGAUCCUGAAGCGAUGCGAUUCCGACCUGCUGAAGGCGAUUGAGCAGUGCAGUCAAACGCAAACCACUUCCAGCGCCUUCAAGCCCCCCGUUACGACCGUCGUUUCGACGGUCCCGAAUCCUCCCGGAUAUUCGCCCUUCAUUGCGUACCCCAAGUGGCUGCUGCCGAUGUCCAUUCCGGUAUCGUUUAGCCACAUUGCGCCAAACCUGGCGCCUCGCUGCACUUUACCGAACUGUGUCAUGUGUGUCCAUCACCCAAUGUAA